UAUAAAAACCAACCGAUGGCUGCGAAACCGUAUCACAAUCAUUUCAAUCGUCUAGCAAGAACACAGCAUCAGCUAGUAACAUCUAAAAUGGCAUUCAAAUUCGCUGUCUUCGCCGCCAUCGUGGCCGUCGCUAACGCCGUCGCCAUCGGAUACCCAGCCCCGUUGGGAGCUUACCACGCUCCUCUGGGAGCUUACCCAGCUGUGGCCAAGGUUGCCGCUCCUCUGGCUUACCCGACCAUCGCCAAGGUUGCCGCCCCGGUUGUCGCUAAGGUUGCCGAUGACUACGACCCCAACCCACAGUACAGCUACAGCUACCACAUUGCCGAUGCUCUGACCGGAGACAACAAGGAACAGCAGGAAUCCCGCUCGGGAGAUGUUGUGACUGGAUCGUACUCGCUGGUUGAGCCCGAUGGCACCCGUCGUGUCGUUGAGUACACCGCCGACCCCGUCAACGGAUUCAACGCCGUCGUCCACCGUGAGCCGCUGGCCGUCAAGGCUGUUGCCCCAGUUGCCAAGUAUGCUGCCCCGCUGGCUUACCCCGCCGUCGCCAAGGUUGCUGCCCCGUACGCUCCCUACGGAUACCCAGGAUACGGCAAGGCCAUCCUUGGUUAAGCUCACCACUGCAUCCCUAGACAGUACCGCGAAUCGUUUCUUACGUCCAGUGCCUAAUGCUCGUGCUAUUUCAAGUCAUUAGUUAACGUUUUCCCUGUAUUUAUUUGCCUUAUUUUAUUCUUCCUUGUUCUCUGUCUUUCUCUCUACCAACUCUACAGCUAUUCUCUAUUAGCGAUUUUUCCUUCACAUUCAAUCUAUUCUGUUGCUUUUGAGAGUUUUGUUUUGUACAUAUGAAUACGGCUUCUGCCAUUGUUGCUGCUGUUGUAAACGAAGUGAAGAUUAGAUCGUUUGAUAGACAUGUGAUUUGACUGUGUGACAACAGGUGUGAAGCUAUUGUUACUGCUGUGUUAGUAGAGAUGAUGGUCAGCUCGAAGGCUGAUGAAAAUAAAAGCAAAUUCUACAAAAGAACAUAAAA